AUGGAUCCUGUAACGACAGCACUACUGCCGUCGCCUCAUCGGGCGGCUUCACAAUUUAGUCAACUCAUCGUGCCAACUUGCACGUUCGAGACUGCGCCAUCGCUUGACCUCCUCAUAGUCCCUGGUGGACAAGGAACGCGGGAUCCGAAGAUUUCCAAGGCCGUCUCGUUUGUAACAAGAGUUUACCCGUCGCUGCAACAACUCAUUGCUGUCUGUACUGGCGUUGGAAUCGCGGCACAGGCGGGAGUGCUGGAUGGCAAGCGCGCCACAACAAACAAACUCUCAUGGGAUUCUACAGUAGCUUUACGCCCAGAAGUCGAUUGGGUUUACCAGUCCCGUUGGAUUUGUGACGGAAACAUAUGGACUUCUUCGGGUAUUAGUGCAGGUAUUGACGUGACUCUCGCAUGGAUCGAGUCAAGCUACGGUGAAACAACCGCAACAGCCAUCGCAAAUAGGAUGGAGUAUGUACGGGCCACAGAUCCCUCUCAGGACCCCUUUGCUACGCUAUACAAGAAGGAGACGAGUUAG